GCCGCCGGUACCGGGGGGGGGCCGGGCCCCGUCCCGCGAUGUCGGAGCUGAUCCUCAACGUGCACGCGGCGCCCCCGGCGCGGCCCCGCGCGGCCCCGCGCGGCAACCGGAAGCACCGGCGCUUCCUGCGGCGGCGGCGCGCGGAGCGGCGGCGGGGCCCGAGCCGCGAACCGGAGCCCGCCCGCGCCUCGCCCAGCUCCGACCCCGGCGGGAGCGGCUCCCCGGAGCCCGCAGCGCCCCCCGGCGGCGCGGCGGAGGCGGCGGUGGUGGCCAUCGACUGCGAGAUGGUGGGCACGGGGCCCGGCGGGCGGCACAGCGCCCUGGCCCGCUGCAGCAUCGUGGGCUACGGCGGGGCCGUGCUCUACGACCGCUACGUGCGGCCCGCGGCGCCCGUCGUGGACUUCCGCACCCGCUGGAGCGGGAUCCGCCGGCACCACAUGGCCCGCGCCGUCCCGUUCGUGGCGGCCAGGAAAGAGAUCCUGCGCAUCCUCGCCGGGAAGCUCGUCGUGGGCCACGCCAUCUACAACGACUUCAAGGCGCUCAAGUACUUCCACCCGCAGGCCCUCACCCGGGACACGUCCAAGAUGCCGUUGUUGAACCGGAAAGGCGGCUUCCCGGAGAACGCCACCGUGUCCCUGAAGCGCCUGGCCAAGGAGCUGCUGCACAAGGACAUCCAGGUCGGGAAGAGCGGCCACUCCUCGGUGGAGGACGCCCGGACCACCAUGGAGCUCUACAAGGUGGUGGAGGUGGAAUGGGAGCAACACCUCCUGCUGACCCCCAAGCAGGAGUGAGCCCCCCCCGCCCCCCAGGUCCAUCCUGCACCCCAAGAGGGGUCCUGGUGCCAUUCCAUCCAUCCCUAUGGACAACGGGUGGGAGCAUGGAGCCGGGCACCGGCGUCCCUGUGCCCUGACGUGCCUUCUCAUGCCACUCAUGGUGUGACAUCCUCCAUCCGCCCCAGCGAUGUGGGGCAGAGCUGGGGCCAGACUGUGCCCCCCGCAGGUGCUGGUAACACUGUCUGGGUGCCUCCGAGGGGGCUCUCCCUGCUCCACAGCCCCAUUCCGUGUGGGAAUCGGGCCCAGGGCAGGCUCCUUCCCAUCUUGCACAACUACCUCUGCCAGGGGCAGGAAGCGCCCAAGGGUUCCGGGAGCUUUGGGUUCCAUCUUCCUCAUUGCACAAGGACCAGGACGAGCCUGGGCACGGGGGACCGGUGCCACCAGUGCCACCAGUGCCACCAGCACGUCCUUGGUGCUGCCUUCCGGUGUGGGGCUGCCCCCGGGGUGGGGGCUGGUUG